AUGUUGAGAGCCCGAUUCUCGACCCUGCGAUCCGUACUCACCAAGGUGGUCACGCCGCCACCGGUCGUGCCUCCUGUGCUUCCUCCACCUGUAAAGCCUCCAAAAAAGUCAUUUUCUUUGCCAAAAUUUUUAUUCCUGGCAACACUUAUUGGAUCGCUUGCCUAUGGUGGAACACUCUAUGUGGCCACCAAAAACGAAAAAGUCAUGGAUUAUGUGAUUGACUACCAGCCUCCUUUCUACGAGGAAAUUCUACGCAUGAUCGAGACCGGGUCGAUUGAUGAAAUCCGGGAUGCAUGGGACUCGCUUCGGGACCGAAUUUCCAACGUUGACUUUCUGUCUUCAAAAUCGAAAAUAGACAAGUUUGCCAACGACUUGGAGAAUCGUGGUGAGCAAUUGAUUCAGAAAACCCGUCAACGUUGGGGUCAAGACACUGCUCCUACUCCUCAUGAACAAUUGCAGAAACCAGUGGAAACAACCCAAAAACUGCCUGAACUGCUUCCCUUGCUUUCUUACAAGGGUAUAAACGAGAGCGUACACGCCACCGUUGCCUCUUUCAACGAAUUGAUCAAACUGAUCGAUAUAAGUGGUCCUGGUAGCAAUGACUUGGUCAAGGCUAUCCAAGACAAUGUUGCUAAAUUAUCGCAAAAAGUGGACGCAUUGACUGCCAGUUUCGACGAUGAACUUAAGAAAAACCUCAAGGUGUCGCAAAAUGAGCUUUUGUCGUCAUAUACCAAGAAAGAGUUGGAAUUGACCGAGAACUUGCUCCACCAAUACAAUACCGAACGGGCUCAAUUGGAAAAGAAAUUGAACGCUAGAUUGGAGCAAGAGAUUGCCAGUGCCAAGGAAGCCAUUUCUCAGGCAGCUGUAAAUGCAGUGACCAUGGUUCGUAUCGAACAAACCAAGAACUUUGAAAAGUUGGUCAAGGACAAAGUGGAUGGUGAAAGACUGGGCCGGUUGGCCAACUUGGAUAAGCUCAGCAGCCGUUUAGACGAAUUAGAACAAUUUGCCGAGUCUUUGGAACAACAGAUCGUUGCUAACCACAACCGCAGCACUAUUAACCGGUCAUUGGCCGAGUUGAGGUCGCUCAUCUCCAGCACCGAGGGAACUACCCCAAAGCUGUUGGCACCAUACUUGGGUCAAUUGAUCGAGGCAGUACGUCCUAUCAACGAUGAACUCAUUGAUGCCACCUUGAAGGAAAUUGUUCCUCUUCUCCAGCACGAGUCGUCUCAUUCGAUUUUGUCCACAUCUCAGCUUCUUGCUCGUUGGGAACUCUUAUCACCUGAGCUUCGGUCAGCAUCGUUGCUUCCUCCUAAUGCUGGUUUGCUCGGACACUUCACCUCGUUCGUCUUUUCCAAGCUUUUGCUUCCGGUAAAAGGUGCAAAGCCAAACGGUAAAGAUAUUGAGUCUGUCAUUGGCCGGGUAGAAGCCAAUCUUGUUAGAAAUGAAUUGGACUUGGCAGUGGAAGAGGCUGCAAGUUUGAAAGGAUGGCCAAGAAAAUUGGCAGACGACUGGGUCGUGGAGGCAAGAAAGAGAUUGGAAGCCGAGUUCUUGUUGGGGCUCAUAGAGGGAGAGGUGCGUCUGUUGUAG